AUGCGGAACUUCCUUCGCUCGUUCUUUCCCAAACCAAAACAAAGCCCCCCAUCUCCGCCCCGAGUGGAAAGGUCGACGGAAACGGAUAGCAGUGAUGCUACCUUGGUUGCCGUGCAGAGUUCACCAUCAGCACCAUCACCGGCGCCGACGGAUUCUAAACUCCCAAUACGAGAACCCGGGUCAGAUUCCGAGACUUCAACACCACACGACUUCAACAUGCCCAGAGCUACCAAGCAGAAGUCGACCAAGUCAGCAACGCCCAAGGGCUGGAGAACAAAGAAAAAGGCCCAGGGGGCGGCAAGGUACUACAAUGACACCCAAGGCCAUCCUACCAACCGUGCGGAGGCCGGGAUCCGGUCCGAGCUAGACAGCUUUUUCAACGAGCUCAUUCCGAGUGACGAGCGGGCUCAGAGCUCGGAACCCAUCCCCGAAAUUGGCGCUGAGUUGUCCAUGGCUUACAUCGAAGAGCUCGGCGUCAACAUGGCCAGCUACGAACUCUUUGUGGUCUUGGAAAUCGUCCGCGCCGAAGCCAUCGGCACCAUCACCCGAUCCGGUUUCGUCGACGGCUGGACCCACGCCAUCCUCGACAGCCACAGCCCCACCGAGACCGACAUCACGGCCCAGCGCCGCAUUGUGCGCGACCGCAUCAUCAAAGCCGUCACCGACUCGGAUUACUUCAAGGUCCUCUACGACUUCGCCUUCCAGGUCGGUCGCGAACCACCGCAAAAGGCCAUCAGCAUGGCCGUGGCCGUCGGGUUCUGGGAGGGCCUGUACGAGCCCUCGAGCAACCCGUGGCGCUCCGCUAAUGUCGACUGGCUCGUGCAAUGGACGACUUAUCUGAAGGAGAAGUUCGGCGUCGUCAAGACUGGCGAGGACGGCGAGGAGGAGAUCGAAUACAAGCGGACCGUUAGUAAGGAUCUGUGGACUCAGACUCGGCUGUUUGCGGCAAAGACGAUGAAGGAUGAGACCCUAGGGUUCUGGUCUGAGGAGCAAGCGUGGCCAGGGCUGAUCGAUGAGUUUGUCCUGUGGUGUCGCGAGAAGGGCGUAGUAGCAACGGGGACCGAGUAG